UUCCCAAUCCGUUGGGUCCUACCAAAUGUCUUUGGUUUACCUCUGAGUGUGCUGGGUUUUAUUCAGCAUGGUUUGAGAGGUCACACAGGUAGCAUCUGACCACAAGAAAGCCACUCACUAGACCAAAACUCUGCUCGGUACCAUGAGAAGAUGGAAAAUGUGCAAUCGAACCCUGGGCAUAGCAUCAAGCCCCCACCGUAGCCAAAGUGGCUGUGGCAGGGGACACCCAGGGACCUGUGAUGACACAGGGCCUGCUGAGUACACUCAACCCCAGCUCAUCCACCUCAUCCCCAUCAGCCCACACAGCGUGAGUCAUACCCUCAGGUACGGAAAUGAGCAAAUCAAAUCUGAAACAUCAUGCAAAGGGGAGUGCGUGGCACCCGAUGGUUUGCAACGCAGCUCUUCUUUAAAGUGCCAGAGAGCGGGCCUGGGAUGGGAAAGGGUCAAUGUGCAGUUAUUGGGUGGUGUAAACCAAAAGAUCCUCCCUGGAAGAAGGGCUGGGGCCCAGCUGUCAGGUGGGGAUGAGUGCAGAGAAAGCCAGCCUCCAGUCCUGCGUUCGUGUCCUAGUGUAGAUAACCUUCCCACAUGCUAGCGGGCUGAAAUCAGAGCGGUGUCACGGUGUCACGAAUGUCACAGCAGUGUCACUGCAAACACAGGCAGGAAAUAAAUGCUGUGUUUCAUCUCUCACAUGCCAGAAGCCAUUCGUGAGCAUGUGGGUGCUGAGGGCUGAGGCUGUGGCCUUGCCCUGCCCGCAGGAAUCACCGCAGGGGCAGACGCAGCGCAGGCUGGCAGUGGGAAGCAGCAGGUACCGAGCACAACUCCCCUCUUCUCCAGCCACCUCGUAUCUCGACAGUGAAAAAGUGUGCUGCCCGGCUUUCUGGGGAGAAUCAGGCUGCGGCAGCAGCAUUCAUUCACUGCGAUCAAUAAAAGAGAAGCGACGCCAAUCCGUGACCGGCAUGAGACGGGAUCUGCGUUGAAAAACACCCUGAGAGAAGCGGCCCGCUGUGAGAUUUCCCCACACGGCAGAAGACGACGUACAAGCCGCGCCAGGCAGCAACACGCACUCACGUCUGUCCCCACGGGAGCCCCGUGCCCGGCUCCCCCCUUCCUGCCUCCUGCCCCCCCGCGGCUGGCCCGGCGCGGCCGAGGCGGGGCGGAGCGGCCGUGACGCGUUUCCACCGCGACCGCUGGCAGCUGCGCGGCGGCCGGCAGGCCCGAUGGCGGCGGAGGCGGUGGAGUACGAGGCGGGGGAGCCGCACACCCGCGUGUUCCGCGUGGGCGCGCUGGGCAGCGGCUGGCGGCAGUGCCUGCAGCCCCGAGACCUCUCGCUGGCGGAGGAGGAGGAGGAGGAGGAUGAGGAGGAGGCGGCCGGGGCCGUGGCGGAGGAGCUGGGCUGCACGGCAGAGACGGCGGCCGAGCUGCGGGCCUUGUGCAGUGUUGAUACGUUAGUAUCUGCCGAUAAAGAGAGGGACCCAGAAGCGAUUCCCGAAGACAGCGGGCUGGAAACUCUGCGGUUUAGGAAGAAGGCGCUGCAGAGGCGAGAAGAAAGGAUCGUUGUGGAUCGGGCCUGCAGACAGGAAACGCUCACUUACGAGAUGGAGUCGCACGCCAUCGGGAAGAGGCCUGAUGAUGCAGCAGACCUGGUGGAGGAGGGAGAGCUGCUUCUAACUCUGAACGUCUUCUAUCCCGUCAUCUUCCAGAAGCACAAGGAGCACAAGCCCUUCCAGACGGUCCUGGUGCUGGGCGGCCAGAGGCUCACUGAACUCAGAGACUCCUUGUCCUGUGUCAGUGACCUGCAGAUUGGUGGGGAGUUCAGCAGCGAGCCGGACCGAGCGCCGGAGCACAUCAGCAAGGACCUCUACAAAUCUGCCUUCUUUUACUUCGAAGGCAUCUUUUAUAAUGAUAGCAGAUACCCAGAGUGCAGAGAUCUGAGCAGAACCAUUAUUGAGUGGUCCGAAUCUCGUGACAGAGGCUAUGGAAAUCUUCGGUCUGCCAAAAUGGAAGACUACACAUUCAAUGAUUUGUCCCUCAGAAUUGGCUAUCCCUACCUCUUCUGCCACCAAGGGGACUGUGAGCACAUCAUUAUCGUCACAGACAUAAGACUUAUUCAUCAUGAGGACUGCCUGGACAGGAACCUCUAUCCGCUGUUAACCAAAAAACACUGGUUAUGUACCAGAAAAUGCUUUGUGUGCAAAAUGUAUACAGCCAGGUGGGUAACCAACAAGGACAGCCUGGCACCAGAGGAUCCUUGUUUCUUCUGUGAUGUUUGUUUCCGAAUGCUCCAUUACGAUGCAGAAGGCAAUAAGCUGGGAGACUUUCUUGCAUAUCCCUAUGUCGAUCCUGGGAUUUUCAACUAGAACUUACAUGAGCCGGAACGGAUUCAGUGGUCUGCAUCUGACUCAUCUGACUGAUGAAACUGUUGCUCUAGCUGUUAAAACCACCAAACAGCUUGAGCGUUGACCAUCCCAUAGGGUUUGGGGUUAGGCCUUUACUCUUCUCCUCUGAGAAGGAAGGAGCCCUUCGCAUUUAAAGUGUUUCUGAUAUGCCUUCACAGUAACAGAGAUAAUCUAGCAUGGAAAAAUAUACUCAGAUGUGUAUUUUAAUAAAGUACAUUUUUCUAAUA